AUGCCCAAUUUAUCUUCUUUGGAGAUAUCGUUUAGCUCAUUAAUGCAAUUACCUUAUAAUCUGGAAAUUUUACAAAAUCUCACGGUGCUUAGACUUUCAAAUAACAAAAUAAGUAGUCUCCCCCCUGAAAUAUCCUUCCUUGAAAAUCUUAAGGUUCUCGACUUAAGCCAGAAUAGUCUACCCUUUCUACCAGCAGAAAUCUGUGAUCUUCGAAAUCUCACAUAUUUUAAUUGCGAUAUGAACGCUUUGACUAAACUACCCGAUAAUAUAUCUAAUCUUAUUCAUCUUAAAGUUGUCCUGUUAGCUAAAAAUUUAAUCACAUGCCUUCCCAACAGUUUUUCUCUUUUAAAAAGUCUGGUGCAUUUAAACCUGAGCAGCAACCGACUUGAGUAUGUGCCAGCUUGUAUUCUUGAAUGCUAUGCCCUAAAAGAACUUAUAUUUUCCUGCAAUGAGGCAGCAGAAACUGUUCCUGAAAACCUAUGCAAAUUACAAUUUCUCGAAGUUCUAUCUUUAGCAAAUAAUAAAUUUACUAAACUUCCUAAAUCUUUAUCUAAACUUGAAAAUUUAAGGCUAUUCGAUAUCAGCGGCAAUAAAAUUGGACAUGUUCCAGAAGAAAUAUUGAAUAAGUGCAAAUAUCUAACACGGUUAAACUUGUGUUGCUGUAAGCUAAAUGAAAUUUCGGAGUCCCUUGGAUUGUGCGAAAAUCUUGAAGUGCUGAAUAUUAGUCAUAAUUUCAUUAAAAGCCUUCCACAGAAUGGAACCGGUCUGAAGAACUUAGUUUCUCUUGACAUUUCGGAUAAUAGCAUAUCAAUAAUCCCAAGAUGGGUUUGUGAGCUUAAAAAACUGUCUCAUUUAUCAGCUAAUCAAAACCUCAUUGAAGAUCUACCCAAGGAAUUUGAAGAGACAGCAAAGCAAUUGCGCAUACUUGAUAUCUCUCAAAAUCGCCUCGAACAAAUCCCCCAGUGCGCUCUUCUUAAAGAUACCAAAAUUACAUAUUUACAGAUAGACAGCAAUCCGAUUUUAAAUAUUCCCCUCGAAAUUUCUAACCUCCAAUUUCUUACACACCUCUCGAUAGCCAAUUGCCCUUAUAUUUUUGAACUACCAGACGAGAUUGGCUAUCUAGUAAGACUUCGCGCGCUGAUCCUCUGUUCAAAUAGUUUAUUAAAAUUACCGCCAACGUUGCAUAACCUCGACAGUCUCAAUUACCUUGAUCUAUCUGACAACAAAUUCUCCCGAUUUCCCAUUGUUGUCUGCUUUAUUCCUCACUUAAAGGUGUUUCUCUAUAAUAAUUGCUGUCAUUCGUGUACAUACUCUGAACCAGAUCCUCCGGGGUGGUUUGAAAGAACAAGUUUUAUCGAUCCUACAGUUUCCAUGGGUAAACUAGGCAAAGAGUAUAUUGAUGAGGUCGAUGAUGAAUAUUUUCCGGAUGCUGACCCAAAGGUAACCCUAGAAGAGGCUUUGUCAAGGGAAGAAGAAGAAACCAGAAUUCAAAGUGUCACAGCUGAGGACUUUCCCUAUUUAGUGUUCAGAAGAGGUCCACAUUCCAUUCCCAAACUCAUUUCAUACCUCCAAUUUCUCGUUCAUUUGUCUCUACAACGAAAUGGUCUUUAUUUUUUGCCCAACAUCUUCGAUAAAUUCAAGUAUUUAAAGCGAAUCCAUCUAAAUGAUAAUAAUCUGAGGAAAAUUCCCCUCUCUCUAGCCGACUGCAAGACACUAACUCAUAUCGAUUUGAGAAAUAACAAAUUGACAGCAAUUAAUGCUCCUAUUUGUAAACUUCCAAACCUAGAAUGCCUUGAACUGUCGGGAAACAACUUUCCAACUUCUCUUAAUGAAAUAAUUAUGAACUCCAAUCUGAAAGUUCUAUGCGAGUAUCUUAAAACUCAAGAGGAAAAUUCUAGUAAGUGA